AUGAUAUACCAACUGCAACAGCCUUCUUUAUCCCGGAAAGAAGAGCUGCUACUCUAUCAUCGUCAACAAGUAUUUUUUAAUGACGAGCACACAAAAGGAUCCAAUGAAAGCAUCCAAUCAGAAGCUACAACCAGCACAACAACAGACACAACGUUCGAUGUACAUAAAUUCAUACAGUUAUUCGCACAACAUUUACUGAUGGAUCAUUACGAUAAAGCCUAUACACAGUUAUCCAAAAGGAUAUCAUUUCAGUUUCGUGAUGCUAUUCAACUGCGGAUCAAAAAGAUAAAGAAACCUUUGGAUGACAAAGCGGAAGAGGAGGAUCAAAACAAAGCAGCUCAGAAAACAACAAAAGUACCAUCGCCGGUAGAUGUACAGAUUUUAAAGAGACAAUUAAAAGGCGCCGUGGGUUCUUUCAUUGAGGACAAGUUACCCAUCCUUUUACUAGACAAAUACAAUACAACCCGUCUGCAAACGCAUCUACACGAGACGAUACUACGCUACUGCCCUGAUGCACACCCUCCAUGCAUUCUCGACCACACAGACCCCUUUCUCAAAGAGCUUGAACACUAUACCGCUAAAGAAUGUCAGGACACUCUCAUUCAGUUGAAUGAUGUGGAUCUCCCGCGAUUAUUUGAAAAGACCAGGGCACAAAUUUCUGGUAUUCUCGUUCAUUUUAAUCAGCAUACGAUGGAUCAAAAUCUUCAUACGUUGGAAUUGAGGGUCAAGAAAACGCCUGCGACGACGAAAAAGCAGACAACGGCCAACCACCACCAGGAAGAGGAUCGUCUGAAGAGCGAUGGGCUGAUCCAUGCUAUUCAUCUACCUUUCCUACAGCCCACCGAUGACACGAUGCCCACGACGACCACCACGACCACCGCUUUACCCCCCACCAUGAAUAGACGUAACUGGAUUACGCCAGAAAUGGUACACGAAUUUAUCACUUUCAUCCAUCAUAGCGAUCAUGAAGACCCUGCUGGUGGGGAUGCUGGGCCAAGUCCUCCUUCAUUACACUACUUUAUUGACAUGGCCCUGUGA